AACUUGUUAUUCUUACAAUAAUCCUCCACCAAAGCAGACAACAGGAGAUGGAAGUCAGCAGUUCAAAUCAACUUUAAAAAGCUGAGUCAUGUAUUUUAACCUCAUGACACCUCUUUAGGCAUACUUGUUGUAAGCCUAUACUGGAGGUACAGAUCCUCUAUAACAUAAUAAUGACACACAGUGAGAAGCUGGUAUUGUGCUGAAGUGCUGCUUAAUGGAUCAAGUAUUUGCUGAUGAUAAUGGCAACAAAGAACACAUACUGAUCCUCCUAACAACGCAACUUUGGCCAAGAAAACAGUCAUCUUUUACGCAGGGAAAACAUUACUGCAAUCAAAAGAAUGCAAACCGGAAAUACACGUCCCACGGUACGCCAAUCUGAUUGGUUCAACUGGAUACGUCAUCAGGUUUUGGCUGUACGGAUUGGACCGUACGCGUGCUGCAGAGAGCUGUUUACCAUGUACCCCAGGGUUAUCUUGAAGGGAACAAUGAUCAAGAAAUCUCAACAGAAGAGAAGAACAUCACCGUGUAACUAUAAGGAGAGGUUUUUUGUGUUGGACACCCAAGAACUGAAAUACUCUGAACGUCGGCCUGGGAAAAAGCCCACACUGAAAGGUUGCAUUGAGCUGUCCAGGAUUAAAUGUGUGGAGAUUGUGUGUACGGACAUCCCCAUACCAUGCAGCUACAAGUACCCGUUUCAGGUUUUUCAUGACAACUACUACCUCUACAUUUUUGCCCCAGACAACGAUUGCCGUCAGAGAUGGGUCAGGGCUCUCAAAGAGGAGACAAAGUUUAACAGUUUGGUUGUCAAAUACCACCCAAACUUCUGGUUGGAUGGAAAAUGGAGAUGUUGCUACCAGACAGAGAAAUUGGCAACAGGCUGUCAUGAAUAUGACCCAGUGGGUUAUGCUUCAAAAAAGCCUCUCCCGCAAUUACCGGACCCAGAGAGGACCCUGCAGGAUCCAGGACAGAGGGUGGUGGUCGCUCUCCAAGACUACUCACCGCUCGGAGACAACGACUUGCCUCUUCAGAAGGACCAGGAAUACAUCCUGACCGACAACUCCAACUCCGACUGGUGGAUGAUACAGGAUGACAAGGGGAACACAGGGUUUGUACCCAGUAUAUAUGUAGCUGAAAAAUCAGGCGCCAACUUUGAUCGGUUUGAAUGGUACAAUAAAGACAUAACCAGAGGGCAAGCGGAGGAACUGUUGAUGAAGGAGGGGAAGGAGGGUGCAUUCAUGGUACGUGACUCAAGACAAGCAGGGGUCUACACAGUGUCGGUCUUCACCAAAGCGCCAGGGUCAAAUGGAGAGAAGAAUCCACGAGUGAAGCAUUAUCAGAUCAGGCAGACAGAAACAGCAGAGUCCUCAUUUUACUUGGCAGAGAAGUACCUGUUCAACACCAUUCCUGAGCUUAUUCAUUACCAUCAGCACAAUGCUGCAGGUCUGAUAACACGUCUGAGACACCCUGUUUCUCAGGACAGAGACUGCUCCCAGCACCCUGUUAAACUCCCCAAAGAUGAGUGGGAGGUGGACCCCUCAGAGCUGAGCUUGGGGCAGGAAGUGGGCAGUGGCCAGUUUGGGCUGGUGCUGGAGGGGAGUUGGAGAGAAAAGAAAGUGGCUGUGAAGAUGGUGAGAGAAGAGGCCAUGUCAGAGGAGGAGUUCAUAGAGGAGGCACGGAUCAUGACGAGGCUGUCCCACUGUAAGCUGGUCCAGCUGUACGGUGUGUGCACCCAGCGUUCUCCCAUGUGUCUGGUGUUUGAGUUCAUGGAGAACGGCUGCCUGUCAGACUACCUGCGGGCCAGGAGAGGGCGUCUGUCUCAGGACACCAUGCUAGGAAUGUGUCUGGAUGUCAGUGAGGGAAUGGCAUAUCUGGAGAGCUCCAACUUCAUCCACAGAGAUCUGGCUGCCAGGAACUGUCUGGUCUCGAAGAACAACGAGGUGAAAGUGUCUGAUUUUGGCAUGACCAGAUUUGUUUUUGAUGACCAGUAUACAAGCUCCCAGGGCUCCAAGUUCCCUGUGAAGUGGUCGUCUCCAGAGGUCAUUAAGUACUGCAAGUUCAGCAGCAAGUCUGACGUCUGGUCAUUUGGUGUGCUCAUGUGGGAGGUGUACAGCGAGGGCCGUCUUCCCUAUGAGCAUCGCUCCAAUGCUGAGGUGGUGGAGUCUCUGAACGCAGGUCUGAGGCUCCUGAAGCCUCGCCUGGCCCCAGACGCCGUCUACCUGCUCAUGGAGUGGUGCUGGAAAGAGAAACCGGAUGAUCGCCCAUCCUUUGCUCUCUUGCUGCACGAGCUGGCCUCCCUCUCAGACCUGUGAACCAAGAUAAGACUUUAUGCUGAACAGAAUAUGCCAUACUGUACAAAAUAAAUGUAUUUGUCUUAUUUAUUGAUUUAUUUUCUAUUGGUUGUCAAGUGUUGUUGUUGUUUUCAAAGCAGGGUGAAGCAGUACCAUGUGGUAACUUUACAAAACAAUAAUUUUCAUUUCUCACAGGUGUUUUUUUUUUUUUUUUUUUUUUUUUUAGCACUCUCGGCUUUUGCACUUUAUAUACUGUAACUGUGUUGAACAGCUAUGGUAGAUUCUGAUUAUGUCCUCUAGAGGGCACACACGACCCACCCAUACUGUCAAAAUCAUUGCUAGUUUCGGUAAAUACUAGAUAUGAUCUCUGUACAUUGAAUAGGACAGAUGUUAUUUGACCCACUGUUAAUUACAAUAACGCACUGACAAUGACAAUAAAACUUUUCUACAUGUUUUCAGCA